AUGCCUUCACUUUUAAAUAACUUUGUAGUAACUAAAAAGGGAAAUGUAUCAGAACAAAAAAAUACAAUGAAUAUGAAAGGUGACGAUUCAUUGUUAUCAAUAUCAAAACAAUCACCAUCUUCUAAUAAAUCUAAUGAUGAAAUGGAACAUUUAACAUUUAAUAAAGAACUUAUUUAUUCUACACAAGCAUAUUUGAUUGAUUUAAAAGAAAAUUGUGAAAUGGAUAUACAAUGUGUCUUAUUUUCACGAUCUUGUUUUGAUAUUGAUAAUAAUAAUACUUCAAAUAUUGAUAAUAAUAAUAUUUCUCAAUAUUCUGAUUUUAUUGUAUUGGACCAUACUAAUAAAUCAAAAAAGUGUAUUGCUCGACUUACAUCAUCAUUACAAAAAGUUGUUUCAACUUCAUCAACAGAAAUUAACAAUAUAACGACAAAUGACGAGAAGAUUUAUGACACACCUAAUAAUACUAUUUUAUCAAACGAUACAAACAUUAAUUCUUUUGAAACUUCAAAAGAUGAUCAAUAUAAAGUGUCAGAAGAUAGUAAAAAUUCAUGUGAUUUUGAGAAAAUAACAAAUAAUAAAUAUAUUUAUCCUAAUAUAGAAAAAUUUUGUUAUACAUCAAAUUAUGAAAAUGGACCUGUUGCAAUAUUAUAUACGAGUCGUAAUGAUAUAUCAUUAUUUGAUGGAAAAAUUAUUAAUGGUAAACGUUUAUUUAUGGGAGAGGGAUAUGAAAAAAAAUAUAAAAAAGAUGGACGAUCAAAUCAAAAAGGUUAUUAUCUACGUUUACGUAGUAGCACUCCAAAUUUAAGUGGAAUUGUUGAAGAAGAAGAUGUUGAAGAUGUUGAAACAACACCAUUUAUGAGAUCUUAUGAUAAUUGUAUACAUUUAAAAAAUUAUAAAAAUAAUACAAGAAAACCAGUAAUAAGAGGUAGAAAUAGUUCUUCAGACAAUAUAAAAAAAAAUAAACAAUAUGAGGAAGUACCAUCAACAAAAACAUAUCAUCAUUUAAUACAUGUUAAUAAUAAUAUUAAUAAUUACUCAACUAUAGAUAUUAAUUCAGGAUCAUCAUUUUUAACAGAUAAUAUACAAACAGAAUCAUAUACAUCAUCUAAUUCACCCAAAUCUAUAUAUUCAACAAGAAGUUCAACUGACUCAGGACAAGAAUCAACUGAAACAGAUUAUAAAAAAAAUUUAAAUAAAAUAUCAUUAUAUCAUUAUAUCGUUAAAUAUCAACAAAUUUAUGCAAUUAUUGAUAAUAUAUUGAAACUUGGCAGUAAUAUAUAUUCAUCAUUAACGUAUAUUAUUGAUAAUAAAUAUAUAUGUCAAAAUUUAUUAAUUGAAUCAUCACAAUUAAUAACUUUUUUGAAAAAUCGUUAUUUAAUUAAUAUAAUCAAUAAUGAAGAUAUUAAUUUAAUUGAAGAAUUAUUAAUAGAUGUUGAAAAAGAAUUAAUUGAAAAUGGAGAAAAUAGAAUAUUUUCAAAUUAUUUUAUUAUAAUUCUUCGAAGAACAAUAGAAGAAGUAUUUAAUUCAUUUGCUAAAAUAAUUUGUGAAUAUUUUUUAACAUCAAAUAAUGAUGAUGAACUUCUUAAUAUUGCUAGUGAACAUUUUAUAUAUUUAUUAUUAUUUUCAGAUGAAUUAUGUAAUGUUGCUAUACAAUAUCAAUUAGUUAAAAAAUUAUUGCAACAUUGUACAAAUCCAACAACAAAUUAUCAAACAAUAAAAUUAUUAUUAAGAGCUUUGGCAAUAUUGUGUAGUGCAAGUAAAGGAUGUUCUCAAUUAAUAUCAAAUAAUGGUUUUAAUUUUAUUAUAAAUGUUAUUUGUUAUUAUCCAUUUGAUUGUUCUGUUGAAGCAGCAGGAGUACUUACACAAUUAACUACAUCACCAUUAAGUAAUUGUAUGACAUUAAUUAAAAGUAUAUUACAAAUUAUUACUAAAUUAACAGAAAUGAUUGAAUGUUGUGACAGUGCAGAAUCGUUACUUUUAUGUACUGCAGCAUUAUCAAAUUUAUCAAUACAAUAUCCAUCAGCAAAUAGAUAUAUUCAUGAAAUAAAAACCUGUCAAAAGCUUGUUUUAGCUACAAAAAAACCUAAAUGUUGUAGUAUUUUUGUUUAUGAACAAAUGGUUACACUUAUGGCAAGAAUGGUUUCUCAAGGAUGGUAUUUAACAUUAUAUAAUAAAGAUUGUGUUACUAUUCUUCUUAACUUAAUGUUAAUUAGUGAUGAAUUACAUCCAAAAUAUUGUGAAAGAAUAAAAUAUAAAUCUGCUGUGGCCUUGUCAUCAAUAGCAAAAAAUGAUUAUGGUUUACAAUUAAUUAAAUUUAAUAAUGGCUAUGGGAUAAUGUGUAAAAUAACAGAAAGUAACUUAAAUAAUACACAAGAUCCUACAGUUAUUAUUUGUCAAACAAUCAGAGAUCGCCUUGAAAAUUAUUUUAGUGAUAUUAGAGAAGUAGAAACUGAAUUAUAG